AGGUACGACCUGUGACCUGUAUCAUUGGGAUAAUUGUUGAGAAAUUAUUCUCUUCGUCUCAGUAUUUGUAAUAUCUCUCGAAGAGUUGAGAUAUCGUAAUUAAUUUGCAAUUUAUUUCGUACAAUGUAUAGUCGCGUUUUUUUAAAAGUGAACAGGCCAUUCAAAUCUCAUUUGAGUACAGUGUUGAGUGCCAGAAAUUUAAGCGUUACUAAUGUGUUGAAAAUUGAUGAAAACCUACUUCCUAAAAAGGAUGAAUUUACUAAUAGACACAUUGGACCCAGGGAUAGGGAUAUUAUAACUAUGUUAGACAGCUUAGGCUUCAAAAGUCUUGAUGAAUUAACUAACAGAGCUGUCCCAGAGAAAAUAAGGCUGAAUGAACCUCUUGAUAUUGAUGAACCUUUAGGAGAAUAUGAGUUGAUUAAGAAAAUAACAGAAAUUGCUCAGAAAAAUCAGAUAUGGAGGUCUUAUAUAGGAAUGGGAUACCACAACUGCUGUGUUCCACACGCGCUGAUGAGGAAUAUCUUCGAAAAUCCAGGCUGGACCACAUCUUAUACCCCGUACCAACCAGAGAUCGCACAAGGUCGAUUGGAAAGUUUCCUGAACUACCAGACCAUGGUUUCUGAACUAACAGGAUUGGACGUAUCCAAUGCCUCCCUACUAGAUGAAGGAACAGCAGCUGCUGAGGCACUUUCCCUAUGCUACAGGUACAACAAGAGGAAGAAGUUUCUCCUUUCAGAUAAACUGCACCCACAAACAAUCUCUGUGAUAGAAACAAGAUCCAAAUCUUUGGGCUUGGCUAUAGAAGUUGGAAAUGUGUUCGAUUUCGAUUUCACUAACCACGAUGUUGCUGGUGUUCUUUUCCAAUACCCUGACACCGAAGGAAAUGUAUUGGAUUUCUCAAAAGUGGUGGAGGAUGCGCAUGCAAAUGGAACUUUGGUUUGUUGCGCUGCUGAUCUCUUAAGUCUAACUCUCUUGCAUCCACCUAGUGAUUUUGGAGUGGAUAUAGCAAUAGGUACUUCGCAGAGACUUGGGGUUCCUCUAGGUUAUGGUGGUCCUCAUGCGGGGUUUUUCGCAUGCAACCAGUCUUUAGUCAGACUCAUGCCGGGAAGAAUGGUUGGAGUAACAAGAGACGCUGCAGGUCGAGACGGUUACAGAUUGGCCUUGCAGACAAGGGAACAACAUAUCCGUCGAGAUAAAGCCACAAGUAAUAUUUGUACAGCCCAAGCUUUACUCGCCACCAUGUCUGCGAUGUUUGCAGUGUACCACGGACCUCAAGGUUUGAAAGAUAUCGCGAGUAGAGUGCACAAUUUAACCUUGGUUCUUAAUUAUGGAUUGCAAGAAGAUGGAAAUCAACAGGCCAAUAAAAUGUUCUUUGACACAAUCAGGGUUUAUCCGAGGAUAGGCGUAGAAGAAGUUAAAAGACGAGCAGAUGAGAAAAAAAUUAAUUUGAGAUAUUUCGAUGAUGAAGCUUCCGUCGGAGUAUCUUUAGAUGAAACGGUUACUGUGAAAGACGUAGACGACCUAUUUUAUGUAUUUGGUAGUAGUCACACUGUAGAGGAAUUAACUGGGAAGAUAGCGAAUCCUCGUAUGAAAGAAGCGUCUAUCAAUAACAGUCCUUUCAAGAGGACAUCACCCUUUCUAACACAUCCAGUUUUCAAUUCUCACCAUUCUGAAAAUCGAAUCGUUCGUUACAUGAAGAUAUUGGAGAACAAGGACGUGUCUCUUGUUCAUUCUAUGAUACCUCUAGGGUCUUGCACGAUGAAGCUCAACGCUACCACAGAAAUGAUGCCCUGUUCCUUCAAACAUUUCACUGAUAUCCACCCUUUUGUUCCCGCUGAUCAAGCUCGAGGGUACAAACAGCUUUUUGAAGAGUUGGAGAAGGAUUUGUGUGCCAUAACGGGCUUCGAUAACAUAAGUUUCCAACCGAACAGUGGCGCGCAAGGAGAAUAUGCAGGUUUGAGAGCAAUCCAGUGUUACCAAGAGGCCAUAGGAGAUAGCCAGAAAGAUAUAUGUUUGAUACCAGUGAGUGCCCAUGGGACUAACCCAGCCAGUGCCCAAAUGGCCGGUAUGAAGGUGGAAGCAGUGAGGGUAAAACAAGAUGGCUCUAUCGACAUGGAUGAUUUGAAGAGUAAAGCCGAGAAAUUCAGUGGGAGACUGUCGUGUUUGAUGAUAACUUAUCCCUCCACCUUUGGAGUUUACGAGGAAACUAUAGCAGAUGUCUGUGAUAUUAUACAUAAGAAUGGCGGACAGGUUUAUAUGGACGGUGCGAACAUGAAUGCACAGGUUGGACUCUGUAGACCUGGUGACUAUGGCUGUGACGUAUCCCAUUUGAAUCUCCACAAGACCUUUUGCAUUCCUCACGGAGGUGGCGGACCUGGGAUGGGUCCUAUAGGCGUGAAAUCCCACCUUGCUCCGUUUCUUCCAGGACAUCCAGUCAUAAAUCCUCAUGGUGAAAGUGGAAACACCAACGGAGGAGCUGUGAGCGCUGGACCUUAUGGUUCUGCCGCUAUUCUGCCAAUAUCUUGGGCCUACAUAAAAAUGAUGGGAGCCAGAGGACUUAGGAAAGCUACCCAGGUUGCCAUACUGAAUGCCAACUACAUGUCGAAAGUUCUGGAGCCUUACUACAUAACCUUAUUCAAGAGCCCUUCAACCAAUUUGUGCGCCCAUGAGUUCAUUUUAGAUAUAAGGGAAUUCAAGAAGACUGCUCACAUCGAAGCACAUGACAUCGCCAAGAGACUGAUGGAUUAUGGCUUUCACGCCCCUACCAUGUCUUGGCCUGUCGCUGGAACCCUCAUGAUCGAACCUACCGAAUCGGAGGAUAAACAGGAGCUGGACAGAUUCUGCGAUGCGAUGAUAAGCAUAAGACAGGAGAUAAGGGAGAUAGAAGAAGGCAGGAUGGAUAUUCGUGUAAAUCCGUUGAAAAUGGCUCCUCAUACGCAGGAACAAGUGAUCAGUUCCACGUGGGAAAGGCCAUAUACGAGAGAACAGGCUGCUUUUCCAGCUCCUUUCGUUAAACCCGAGGUUAAGGUUUGGCCAACGGUGGCUAGAAUAGACGAUAUUUACGGUGAUAAGCAUCUGGUCUGCACUUGCCCACCGAUUCUGGAUGAAUAUAGCUAUUAGGUUAGGUUGAUAAUUGCUCUUCUGUCCCUGAAACAGGCGAUUACUUUUUUCAACGAAAGAACGUUUCUGUGUACUUUGCAUUUACCAGGUGAUCUUCCCUAUUGAUGGCAAGAAGAUAUAGAAAGCCGCAGGCAUAAUAGGAGAAGGAGAAGUGCUCGUUAUGUCACUCCAGGUCGAUAGCAGCAUAGCUAUCACCAAAGAUUCUGCAGUUAGCUUUAUAAUCACAAAAUUGGGCUCGACCUGGCUACCCAAUAGUCAUUCACCCUUUCAAUCGGCUCUGAAUUACAUUGCCCCUCUUUUCUAUAUCUUCUUGAUGGUUUUUACUUUAAGGUUAUGUUAAGAAUGUGGUUCUUGUGCUUCAAAAACGAUCAGGCCUACAGCUUUUGCAACGAAUCAUCCUUAUUCUGUUGGUUGCAUAAAUUAUCGGGAUCGGGACAGUUGUGACAACAGAAUUUCGAAUAAAAAAACUAUUUAUUGGAUUAUUUUCAACAACUUUUAUGGAAAUAUAUCAAUCGCUAACAUUGUCUUCGAGAACGGAUGUGGCACAGCGCAUAUUUAUACUCAACUUAUCUACGAAUCCCAAAAUAUAUGCUUUACAUUAUUUCUUAUUUCAUCAUUUUGUUUAAUGUUCAACCUACAUAUUGUUCUGAAUCGAUGAAUGAAAGGAGAUUCUGAAUAAAGAGAAAAAGAAACAUUUUGAAUGCAGUUGAUUGAUUAAUUUAUAGGUACACAAUAAUUCAUUUUUGAAUUGACGAAAUAUAUUAUUUGAUUUGA